AUGGAACUACAAAUAUUAUCAGACCUCCACCUCGAAAGCCCCAAGGCUUACGAUUCCUAUGAAAUUAAGCCUGCAGCACCUCAUCUAGCAUUACUAGGAGAUAUUGGUUGCGUGUCCGAUCGGGCAUACCUCACCUUCCUCACGGGCCAGCUGACACAGUUCCGCAUCGUCUUCCAUCUCUUGGGUAACCAUGAGCCCUAUGGUUCAAGCUGGGACAGAGCCAUUGGAAAAAUUCGCGCGUUCCGAGAGGAAAACCGCCGAGAGCGAGCGCAGUCACCAGAUUCUUGGUUGGGCGAGUAUGUCCUCCUCGACCGGGACGAGUUCCAGCUGCCGGACCACGGCCUCGCGAUUCUCGGCUGCACACUCUUCUCAGACGUACCGGCGCCGUCCAUGAAUGACAUCAGCUUCGGACUAAACGACUUCUUCCGCAUCGAUGGCUGGACGGUAGAACAACAUGUGCAGGCGCACAAGCGGGACGUUGCCUGGUUGAACGAGCGCGUCGCGGCCAUCGCGCGGGAGCAUCCCGGCCGCCGCGUCUUGAUCCUCACGCACCACAGCCCCACGACCGACACCAGGACGGUCAACCCGAGGUUCUCGGCGAGCAAGAUCUCGUCCGGAUUUGCGACGGACCUGAGAGGCGAGCAGUGCUGGAGGAGUGGGAAUGUGGUCUUCUGGGCGUUUGGACACACGCAUUACAAUUUCGACCGCUUUCAUGACGAGGAGACUGGCAAGGUUGAUCACACAAACCAACGGGGAUAUUAUUUUGCUCAGGCAGCUGGUUUUGUGGAGGAGAGCGUAGUGCGCAUUGAGUGA